AGUUGAACAUGAAGAAUAUAUUAUAUUCAAUAUAUUUAAUAAAUAGGGGCUCAGCAUAUCUUAUUGAUGAAUGGCCCAUGAGAGGUGGAACACAAAAUAGCUGGUGAAAUGGCAAGCUGGUGGCAAGCUAGACCUGAGCUCAGCUAUCAUAAGGAUGAGCUCAAGCAGUUGAGUUCAUCUAAGGUUGUUUAUCUCAUCCAAGUUGACCUUGGAAAGGGCUAUCAUGAGGAUGAGCUCAAGCAGUUGAAUUCAUCCGAGGUUUAUCUCAUCCAAGUUGACCUUAGAAUGGGUUAUCAUAAGGAUGAGCUCAAGCAGUUGAGUUCAUUUGAGGUUUACCUUAUCCAAGUUGACCUUGGAAUGGGUUAUCAUAAGGAUGAGCAAAAGCAAUUGAGUUCAUCCGAGGUUUACCUCAUCCAAGUCCGAGUUAAUCCAAGGUCGUUUGCCUCACCCGGGGUAGUUCACCUCGAACUAGGCUGUCACGAGGAUGAGCUCAAGCAUAGGCUGAGUUCAUUCGAGGUGGUUCACCUCGAAAUGGGUUAUCAUGAGCUUGAGCUCAUCCAAGGUUGUUUACCUCAUCCAAGGGAGUUCACCUUGGAAUGGACUGUCAUCUCAUCCAAGGUUGUUUACCUUAUCCAAGGUAGUUCGCCUCAGGAUCGGCUAGCAUGAGGAUUAGCAAAAAUAGUUGAGUUCAUUUGAGGUUUACAUCAUCCAAGGGAGUUCACCUCGGAAUGGACUGUCAUGAGGAUGAACUCAACCAAGUUUAGGAACUUGUUUAAGUUCCAAAGUCAGCACAUGAAGUUCCUAUUGUUAAAGUCCAAGGCUGACCAUAUUAUAUGAUAAGGAUACAGAUAUAUGUAUAUAUAUAUAUAUAUCUUUAGCUCAGUAUCACAAUUAAUAACUGUAACUUGAAUAAAUUAUGAAGCUGCAC